CCCCAUCACCUCCCAGCCCCGUCAUUCCCAUGGCCCCCGUGUGCUUCAACUUCGAGACGUGCCUCCUGGUCAACGGCACUGAGACUAGCGUGCUUGAGGCCUUCAGCCUAAUCGCACGAGGCUGGUACAGCCCAGUGGCGGCCCGGCUCAUGCUGGAGUACGAGUUCGGCAUCGUCGUUAGGACCCAGCAACCCAAGCAGGCCAACAGUGCAGUGAUCUACAGGCCACGCCGACCCUUUUCGCCAGCGACCAGCGCCACCUUUGGCAACCUUCCUUUGGGCCGGCAGACUCUCUAUGUGUGCGCUCGCGUUGCCAGCACCGUGGGCACCGCUGCGGGACCACAUGCAUGCGAGACGGUCGACGUGACUGUAAACGCCAAGGUAUCGGCGGUGCAAGUGACCCAGCAGUUGGCGGAGCUGACGGCCGCCGUCACCAGCAGUAGUAGUGGCGGCGCCGCUGCAGCAGCCACCCUGGCCGAGCUGGCACAGCUGGCACACCGCUUGGCCGCCGUCGCGUCCGUGGUGCAAGACAGCUCUUCCGUCGGCGUCGCAGUUGCCUCCCUCGCGUCCGGACUUCUCACUCAGCUCUUCAACCGUACGAUUGGCCGCGCUAGCAGACUUGGCGUCGGCGGAAGCCCGGUCACCAACACCGCUAGCGCUCCGGUUCACGGCCCACCCAUCACCAUGAACCCGCCCACCGCCGCCUCCAUCGUGUCUGUGUUUGACGCCGUAGGCAGCCUGUGGGGCAUGUCCAGCGACACGGGCCGCGCGGCCGUGGUGGGCAGCAUCAGCGCCCUGUCUGACCAGCUGGCCGGUGAGAGCCUGGAGGCCGCUGAUGCCCUGCCCGUCAUCGACCUGCUCACGAGCAUGCUGGAAGACCAGGCCAGCCUGGUCGCAACGGCCGCUGCUGCCAACGGUGGAGCCAGCCAGGCCGCCGCCAAGGCAGAUGCCGCCAAGGCCGUGCUCGCGUCCAUCACUCAUGGCACCGCCGCCCUCACACGCAGCCUGCUGAAUGGCGCCCCCGCCGACGGCACGCCCGCGCAUAUCGCCACCGCCAAGCUCGCUGCCGCCGUGCAGCGCGCCUCCGCAGCCCUGGCCGCCGCCGGCAUCACCGUCAGCGUCGCCAACCCCGGCUCUGCUUCCUCCUCCGGCCGCCGCCUGCUGUCUUCCUCUUCCUCGGCUGUGGGUGUGGCUCUCAGCCCUGCCGUCAGCCAGCUCUGCACCGCUGAUGCCACCUGCGCCACUGCUGGCUUUGGCGUGGCCGUGACGGUGGUCCCCGAUUCAUCGCUCCUGCUCACAUCGCUUGGCGACAACGCGGCGGCUCUGGCGGCCCUGCUCUCGGACUACCGCGCCGGCGGCAGCGUGCAGGUCAUCUCGCCCAUCGUGCGCGUCGCCGCCCCCGGCCUGCCCGCGUCUGCCUACGGCGGCGCCCUGGCGAGCCUUGUAGUCCUGGACCUGCCCAUCAACCUGAAAGCCGUGGCACUGGACGGCGCCACCACCCGCCGUGCGCUGGUGCGACUGCAGGACGUGUCGGCCGCUGCGCCCGACGCCUCCGCCGCCAUCUCGGCUGCCGUGUCCGUCACCGUCACCUCCAACUCUGGCCCCGCCACCGGUGCUGUGGACCUCAUCUCGGGCUUCAGCAACAGCUUUGGCGACUUUGUGGUGCUGCAGUACACGAGCACCGCCACGCCCACCGCCGGUAACACAAACACCUCGCCCUCGCCCUCGGGGGCACCCAGCUCCACCGCCUCCGUGUCGCCCUCACCGCUGCCUUCGUCUCUGCCCCCGGGCGGUGCGGGCAGCAUGGUCGCACCUUCGGCCGCCAUCACCUCCAUUCUUUUGGGCCUGGUCGUGCUGCUACUCCUCUUGUAAUACAGAGGCUAGUACAAGCGCAGCGCGCUGGAUUGUUGCACGAUUUUAUGUAGAUAAGCGCAGCGGGUGUACAGCACGGCAUGUCAAAUUUUAGCAAGGAAUGUACUGCACCCGCGUGUGUCAUUGAUUCAAGGGCUUCCACCCAUUCAUGUGCAUAUGGGGAAAGUAUAGGAACCGAACCCAAGAUUGCUACCGCAUGGAUUGCGCGUGCGUAUAGGUGACGCAUGCCCCGGUGAAGUGGCAUGUGUUUUUGAAGUGUACCGAUACUCCCGAGAU